UCACAUAUAGUUUCUCAUUGAGCUCGAGGAAGAAACACAGCUCAGCCGCACAUCGCGGUUUGAGUGACACGGAUACAGGUUUACAGCACAGACGGAGUGAGAGGUUGGAAAAGAGAGGGAUAGACAGGGAGAGAGACAGAGACAGAGGGAUAGACAGGGAGAGAGACAGAGGGAUAGACAGGGAGAGAGACAGAGGGAUAGACAGGGAGAGAGAGAGAUAUAAUGGAAAGAGUGAGGAAAUAAAUAUUGGAUUAAUAAAAAAAAUACACCAACGGAGGACUUUUUUUCCCUCUCUCACGUGAAUGGGAAUACAGCGGGAUAUGAUAUGGAGUCUCGUGAGCUGUUUUCCAGUGUGUUUGAUUGACAGACUUUUAGCACCGCUGAACACCUGACGGUGGAAGGGACAUGCAUAACGCCAGCCACCGCCUGGCAGAGAACGAGAGCGAGCCUCAUCUGCCCGACCCACACACGGAUUUACCCGCCACUCGUGCACUCAUCGGCUGCGUCCUCGCACUGCUCAUCCUCUGGACGUUACUGGGCAACUUCACGGUGUGCGCGGCGGUUCUCCGUUACCGGCACCUGCGCGCCAAAGUCACCAACAUCUUCAUCGUGUCUCUGGCGCUGUCGGACCUCCUCGUGGCGCUGCUCGUGAUGCCGUGGAAGGCGGCAGCAGAGGUGGCGGGGUUCUGGCCCUUUGGUGCGUUCUGUGACACCUGGGUGGCGAGUGACAUCAUGUGUUCCACGGCGUCCAUCUUGAAUCUGUGCAUGAUCAGUGUGGACCGCUACUGGGCGAUAUCCAGCCCGUUCCGUUACGAGCGGAGAAUGAACCGCCGCGUGGCCUUCGUCAUGGUCGGCGUGACCUGGACGGUCUCCGUGGUGAUAUCAUUUGUGCCCGUUCAACUCCACUGGCACCGGGCUGCGAUUACCGGAAAUAGCGGAAGCGGUGACGAAUUUACCCGGGACGUUACCGGAUUUAACGUCAGCGGGGUAUAUCAACUCCACAGGGCGGCGGAGGCGAACGGCUGGGACUGUGACUCAAGUCUGAGUCGGACCUACGCCAUCUCCUCCUCGUUGAUCAGUUUCUACAUCCCCGUGGCGAUCAUGGUGGUCACCUACACACGUAUCUACCGGAUCGCCCAGGUCCAGAUACGCAGGAUAUCCUCUCUGGAGCGAGCCGCAGAACACGCGCAGAACUGCCGCUCGGACGCGCACGUGGAUGUGGAUGCAGAUGGGCACGUGCACGCUUUCCACCGCCGUCAUCAUCCUCCUCUUCGUUCUAAACACCGCUGCUCCAUCUUUCUCCAAACUACCAAUUCCCCAAAACGUCAUCAUCACCCUGAUCUUCCUCCCCCACACCGGUCCCUGAGGUACUCCAUUAGGAAGGAAACCAAGGUUCUGAAGACUCUGUCUGUCAUCAUGGGGGUGUUCGUAUUCUGCUGGUCCCCCUUCUUCAUCCUCAACUGUGCCAUGCCCUUUUGCCCAGGUCCAGGUACAGCCUCCAGAACUGUGUCAGACCCCUCCUCCCAAUCCUCCCACCUGUACUGUGUCAGUGAAACCACCUUCGACGUCUUCGUUUGGUUCGGUUGGAGCAACUCUUCCUUAAACCCCGUUAUCUACGCCUUCAACACUGAGUUCCGCGAGGCGUUCCUCCGCUUGCUGGGUUGCCGUGGAGACAACGGGUGCUUCGGCGGCUGGACGACGAGCGUCACGCGCGCGGAGAGCUUUGUCUUGGCGAGCAACGAGGCCGCCGGCGCCGUGACGGAGAAGAAGAACUCGCUCCACACAAUGGAGAUGGGCGUGGCUUACGAUACCAGCUGUGGCGCCGGUAGAGGUAGCGUCACAUCUGGUGUAAUCCGCGACCCGGUUAGGGGGAGGGUGCUACCGGCACCGUUAACGGACCGUAGAGGAGCUGUAGAGGAGCCGGUGUGUGACUGUGAGGUGGAUCCGGUUAGAGGAAGAGGGGACAGCGGGGCAGGUCUCUCUCGGACGCCACCGUCAACGUUAACGAACUGUAGAGGGACGAUAACGCAAUCAGAGGCGGUGUGCGACUGUCCCAUGGAGGAUUGUAAAAUAGACGUAAUGGACAGGGGACAACGGACUCAGAUGAUUCCCUCACAAACUUUCUAAUGAACUUUCAAACUGUGCCAAACUGACCGUACCGUUGAUGUCUGUAGUGGUUUCAUUUUAAAUGAAUCCACUACUAGUAUUGUCUCAGCUGUUAAUGGAUUACAUAUAUCCAGGAAAUAGCUAUAACCGGUUUAUCCAAAACAUUCAUUGGCCAAUUUGAUGAAAAAGCAUUGAGGAUUGAUUGAAACAGGGACAUUUUCCACCAAUGCUCUAGACUAAGGUUUCUCCAGCAGUAGUUCCUGAACCCCCAAAAGCUCUGUAAUAUAUUGCUGAUCUGACCUGUUUUUAUGGAAGUGGUCCCUCAAGGAGAAAAGGAUAGUAAUGGUAAUGAUAGUAAUGGUAAUGAUAGUAAUGGUAAUGAUAGUAAUGGUAAUGAUAGUAAUGGUAAUGAUGGUAAUGGUAAUGAUGGUAAGGAUAGUAAUGAUAGUAAUGGUAAUGAUGGUAAUGUUAGUAAUGGUAAACAACCACAUUGAAAAACACUGUUCUAUGCUGCCAUUGCAUUAGGUCAACAUUAUUAGGUCAACAUUAUUAGGUCAACAUUAUUAGGUCAACAUCAUUAGGUCAACAUCAUUUGGUCAACAUUAUUAGGUCAACAUUAUUAGGUCAACAUUAUUAGGUCAACAUUAUUAGGUCAACAUUAUUAGGUCAACAUCAUUAGGUCAACAUUAUUAGGUCAACAUCAUUAGGUCAACAUCAUUUGGUCAAUAUGAACUUCUGAUUGGUGUAGGUCAAUAUCAUUAGGUCAAUAUCAACUCCUGAUUGGUCUAAGUCUGCGAAGGGGAUAGAAUGUUAGAAGAGUAGAAUAGAUCUUCCCUGAGCUGAUCUAGAUUUCUAUUUCUACUGCCGUCUCUCAACCGUCAUUACCAUCAUAUCUGUUCUGGACCCGGGGGCUUUGUUUGUUGGGGAAGUGUGACACCGGCUGCGUCUGAAAUGGCACCCUCUUCCCUAUGUAGUGCACUACUUUUGACCAGAGCCUAUAGGACUGUAGGGCACUACUUUUGACCAGAGCCUAUAGGGCUGUAGUGCACUACUUUUGUCCAGGAUCCAAUGGCACCCUAUUCCCUAUAUAUUGCACUACUUUUGACCAGGGUCCUUUGGGACACAGCCUCUGUAUUUCUCAGAUUAUCAGGGAUUAUCUCUCCAGGCCCUGGGGAUCUUGUGUGAUGUCAUGUCACAGUGACGAUGAUGAAAAGUCCAUCCUGGGUAUUUCUAAGCAUCUAUUAUACAGUAACAAAGUCUCACAUCCAGAGCUCCCUCUCUCUUUCUCUCUACAUCUCUUUCUCUCCCUGUCUUCCCCGCUCUCUCUCCACACCUCUCCCUUCUCUCCAUCUCUCUCUCACUUAUUUUCCUCUCCCUCCCUCC